AUCGCCAUGUCAAUCUGUCACCAUGGCAUCUAACGGGGUGCGUUAAUAGCGUUAAUAAUUCAGCGUUUUUGGGCCAUUUCAAGUUUGAUACACCUGCAAACGCCAGAGGCGAAGUUCUUUUCGAGAUCGAUACGAAAACUUGCAGCAGCACGGACUUAAAAUAAUGCUUCUACUACUUUACUUUGUGGCAAUUUCGUAUAUAUGUGAGGCCUCAGAAUUCAAGUUCAGCCUCUCGAGGUCUACAGAUUGGCAAUAUAUUGGUCGUCGCGUACAGUACACUCUUGAAAUGACCAUCCCAGAGACCACUCAAUUGAGACCAAAAAUCAAGAGUCCUUUCAACACCUCUGCCAUUCUGCGACUGACCAAAACAGAAGUGACAGAGGUUAGUCCUCAACUGACCGUCCUAAACACAUCCCCAAACCUCACUUCAUCUGCAAACGAUGGUUUACACGACAUCGCGUUUUUUGAAUUUGGCGAAGUUACGAGAGUAGCUCACGUAAACGACACCAAGAUUAAGAUUGAGUUCGAGAUUCAAGUGAUGGAUAAUCAGCAGAUCGUGAACGGUGGUUUGCAGUGGGUUAGUGUUGGAACCGAGUACAAAAAUCAAUCUGUCUGGGCUGCCAUGCUUGCAGUAAAGACUGUCAAACCAGCCUGCAAGAGACCGGAUCUGAAAGUGACUUUAUGGAGUGUUAAAAACUACCAUACUGUACUGUCGGGAAACCAAAUUGAUCUUCGUGUGGAUGUAGAACACUCAGACGACACCACAGACCUAGGGGAGAGCGGCACACUACAACUACCUUUACCACCUUUUCUAACUUACGACAGUUUUACCAAACAAUCCGACUCUGUCAAUGUUGUUGCGCGAUCUAGCGCACAGAUGGUCUCCUUCGAGUUUGGGCAACUUGAAUUUCCCCAAAAAGUGUCACUGAGAAUAAAAUUAAACCUGGAUCCCGGCAAAAAAAGAGCUGAUGGGAAAAUCCACGACUGCACAGUGUACGUGAAUCUUAUAUACAAUGGGUCAGCGGACACCUGUACCUCGGCCUCAGGCUCCCGGGAGUUUUCUCAUCAAGGGCCGUCCUCAGCAUCAUUCAAGUAUUAUGUGCAAAAAGCCAAUUGUGAUCAAGCCCUUGGUUUGCAAGAUAAGAGCAUCAAAGACUCUGAGAUCAUCGCCUCCUCGUUUUCCUCUGGCGGUGAGCCUCACCAGGCUAGGCUGGGUGGCAGUAAGGCUUGGAUACCUAGGGGACAGUUGGCGAAGGAAAAAUCACAGUUUCUUCAAGUUGAUUUCACAAGUGUAGCUAAAGUCUGCCGACUCACUACGCAAGGAUUCAAUGGCAGUUUCGUCACUAGACUUUCUCUUUUCUACAGCGACGAUGGAGUCAUUUGGAAGCCAUACAAAGAAGGAAGCAAGAUCAAGGAGUUUGCGGCAAACACUAAUGACGACUACGCUCAGAUGAUUGUGAUUUCGAUUUGCAUUGAGGCUCGGUUUAUUCGUAUCAAUCCCGUGGGAUGGUACAACAGCAUUGCCCUCAGGGUGGAGUUCUUCGGGUGCACGACUGGUCGUGCUCUCUCAUCGGGUUCAUUGACUUUCACAAGUCGCGGUUUCUUAUUGGACAAGAGCUCUGACGUCAUGUAUGUUUGUAGCGUGCCAAUGAAAGGAAGUAAGAGUGCACCACAUUGCUUCCUCAGUAAAGACAAAGGAAAUGCUUGGACAGGCUUGGAUAAUCGUCUUCUUACUCUGGUUGGACACGACAAGGACGAGAAAAUUCUGUUUGGAGUAAGCAAGAAUGGAAAAGCCGUUCUGAAAAGCACCACAGACCAUUUGGCUCGGUUCAUUGCCGUCCCUGAAGAUGAGUGGGUUAAGGCCAAAGCUAAGGCAAACACAAUUCAAACAGUCAUGCUUGAAAAUUCCCUGGCUAUCACUGAUGCAAACAUGGACCCAAAAUCCCAACACACUAUCACUGCUGACAACUCUGGCACUGAAUGGGGCGCUUCAGCUCAAGGUAUUCAUGUGAAAGAGAACUCAAAGUGGAAACUGAAGGCCAUUUGGAUGUGUUCCGAACCUGGCAAUAAGUAAGCUGUUUUUGCACCUCUCUUAGUGGGAUAACAACGAUAACGAGGCUCAGUUAAUCAUUCAAACGUAAUUUUUUUCCACUAAAGUCGUCUAAUUUAUAGUGAUCUCACUCGUAAAAGCCACACUACAACUCAUUCACAUAAAAUUCAACUGACAUUCUUUGUAUUGAUAUUCUAGCGAUCUUUAGUUACUAAAGCAGUAAGCAGUUAGUACAGAGGGGCUCGUUUCUAACUUCAGAAAACGUUCUUAAGGCAAACAUAAGAAAUUCCUUUCUGAUGACGUACCUCGGCAUAGAUCUGUGCAGCGCCCGCCUCUGUUGCUUUUGUUUUUCUUUAUCUGUGCCCACGCGCGACAACUUGAAACCAAACAGCACUUCAUGGCAGACGCCUUACACUGUGUCUGUGAAGAUGACAAUAUUGACGUUCAGUAAGUCGUUUUUCAGCCCCCCUCCCUACUCCAGGGGUACUUUCUAGUAAUGGGCUUAUGGGGAUGUGGGAUGUGCCGCUUGAUUGGCAAGCAUUUUCACGACAGGGUUGACUUAAACGAGGUUGCAGUUACUAGAACAGAGUUGCUAUUUUUCACAAGAGAGUUCUGGUUAGUGGGGAUUUAAAAGUGGGAAGAUCUGCGAUUAAAAAGUCGUUACCCAAGUACCUACUCCCCGGUACAGGCCGAGCACAGGCCCUGCAAUUCAAUAUACUUCUAACUAAGUGGAUACUUGCAUAUUACGCAAAAUGUAGUUUUUAUUGGCUUAAGUAGCAUAACUCAUUUUAAAAGCACCUCAAACGUAUCACUACUUCUCGUAAAUUAUCUACAUUCAGUAACUUCUCACCUUUUCAGCUUUACGUCUUGUGGACGUUAUUGUAGCAAACAAAUGCGCAUGCUCGUAACAUGAAAUAGAGAUAGCCUAUGUGGUACUUUUCAUUUAUUACUAUUACUUUAUUAAUAUUAAUUUAUUCUACUCUAAGACUUUUUAAGAUUCCUUAGUUAAGUCUUUCGCUCCCAGAGGUGACCAAGUAAUAAUUUAUCCUCACAACAUUGAGACUUGAUUGGGCGGAAAGGUGCCGAGAAUAAUAAAAAACAUCACCAUUUAGUUAAGAACUAAGUUCCCAUUUCCAAAAUCAUAAGAAAAGUACUGGAAACGAUAGGGAGAAUUUCUAUUUUAAUCUUCGGAGUCAACGUUUUUAAUAGAUGGGCAGUUCUUUGAACAGCAACAGAAAAUCUCCUUAUAGGAGACAAUUUUUGAGGAAGUAUUUCACUAUCCACUCGGAUUUAUAACUUUGUUAAUAUUUUAUCACUUAACCAUAGACGAGUCAUAGUUUUAUAAAAUGAUAAACCUCUUUUGUAGUUAAUUUAACUAAGACUCUAUACUAUUUGUUUUAGAUUUUAAUUCGAGAUGGUGACUGAUAUUAUGCCAAACCUGUAUCACUUAAAAAUAACUUCAAAUUUGUGUAAAAAGCUUCAGCGAUGGUCUUUCACAAUAAAGACUAACCUGCGUACCAGGCCUUCCCGUUUGCCUUUAUCCAAGCGGAAGAAGCUUGAGCCGCGCAAGGGCAUGGGGUGAAAGCGAGCAAAACAGGCGACUAACACGAGGAAUGGGUAGGGCAGAAAAAAAAAGGCUUGCUGCUGAGGUCACAGAUUUUUCGAUCACCUCUUCUUCCACGAAAGGGAGGCAGCUAGUGGCAAUGCUUGUGAGGAUAAAGCUCAAACGCAGGAAAAAAAGAAGUAAGAAAGAGGUUGCUCGACUUUUGUGAUGUGAUUUUAUCAUUUAAAUUACAUACAAAUACUCUUUUUAUACAAGUGCUUCAACAAAUUGUAAUACCGUGUUAAAGUUUUUUGCGUAGCCUCCUUCAUAGAAAUAAAGUGUUCUUUUUUU